CUUUCCUAAAACCAAACACUUAAACAAAAGCAAAACAAGUUGAAAAAUGGCCGAACGGCUUUCCGUUGGUUCACUGCGUGUUAUUAACACCUCAGAUUCUUCGUCUUUUCCCCCAAAUCCUGUCCUCCAGGUGUUAACGGUUAAAGAAUUAAAUUCGAACCCUACAUCUGGUGCUCCCAAGCGUUAUCGUGUGGUUCUUUCUGAUUCCAUCAAUUAUGCUCAGUCCAUGCUUAGUACUCAACUAAAUCAUUUGGUUGCCGAAAAUAAGCUUGCGAAGGGUGCUUUUGUGCAAUUAACUCAAUUUACGGUCAAUAUUAUGAAAGAAAGGAAAAUCUUAAUUGUUCUUGGCCUGAAUGUAUUAACUGAACUUGGUUUCAUGGAAAAGAUUGGAAACCCGGCCGGGUUAGAAACUGUAGAUACUCCGCGGCAACAGCAACAACCUCCAGUCAAUGGAGGCUCCAUGGACCAAUCUACUGCACCCGCUAACUAUCCUGCUAAUGCAGGUAGUUUCUACGGGAAUAACUCCCCCAGUACUGCUCCUGCUCCUCCGCCAAUGGUAAAGAGACCUUCUGGCCCCAAUUCUGGAAAUGGAUACAGCACAAUUAUCUAUCCCAUUGAAGGACUUUCUCCUUAUCAAAAUAAGUGGACCAUUCGAGCUCGUGUUACCAAUAAAUCUGAUAUAAAACACUGGCAUAACCAACGUGGUGAAGGAAAGCUUUUUAGUGUUAAUUUAUUAGAUGAAAGCGGAGAGAUUCGGGCUACUGGCUUCAACGAUCAGGUAGACGCUUUUUACGAUAUUUUACAUGAAGGGCAAGUUUACUACAUUAGCCGCUGUCGUGUUAACAUCGCCAAAAAACAAUUUACGAACGUUCAGAACGAGUAUGAGCUCAUGUUUGAACGUGAUACCGAAAUAAAGAAAGCUGAAGAUCAAUCGGCUGUUCCUAUCGCUAGGUUUAGCUUUGUUUCGUUACAAGAAGUUGGUAAUGUUGCAAAGGACGCUGUAAUCGAUGUUAUUGGUGUCUUACAAACUGUUGGUCCUGUUCAGCAAAUUACCAGUCGUGCUACUUCUCGAGGCUUUGAUAAGCGUGACAUUACUGUCGUUGAUCAAACUGGUUUUGAAAUGAGGAUUACUUUAUGGGGAAAACUUGCAAUUGAAUUUUCCGUUCCCGAGGAGAGUAUUUUGGCUUUUAAGGGCGUUAAAGUAAACGAUUUUCAAGGUCGAUCUUUAUCUAUGUUGACCAGCAGCACUAUGUCUAUUGAUCCUGAUAUCCAAGAGUCUCACGUAUUGAAGGGAUGGUAUGAUGGACAGGGUAGAGGUCAAAACUUUGCCAAACACAGCAGCAAUGCAUCAAUCAGCUCUGUAUCCGGACGAUCAGCAGAAAGGAAAAGCAUUGCGGAAGUUCAAGCUGAGCAUUUAGGCAUGUCUGAAACACCUGACUACUUCAGCUUGAAAGGUACUAUUGUUUAUAUUCGAAAAAAGAACGUAUCAUACCCUGCGUGCCCUGCACCGGACUGCAAUAAAAAAGUCUUUGAUCAAGGUGGUUCUUGGCGUUGUGAAAAAUGUAAUAAAGAAUAUGAUGCUCCUCAAUAUCGAUACAUUAUGACGAUUGCAGUUGGUGAUCAUACCGGACAACUUUGGCUGAAUGUUUUUGAUGAUGUUGGUAAAAUUAUAAUGCGCAAGUCAGCGGACGAACUUAACGAUUAUCAAGAAAAUGAUGAAAAUGCUUUUAUGAACUGUAUGGCUGAAGCGUGCUAUUUACCAUACAUCUUUCAAUGUCGUGCAAAGCAAGAUAACUUCAAAGGAGAGACUCGUGUUCGUUACACUGUCACUUCUUUAACUCAGAUGAACUGGCAAGAAGAAUCCAAGAGGUUGAUCGAUUAUAUCCAAGCUGCAAACUAAGCAUCAUCCAUAUAGCUACUCGCUGGUCGAGGAAAAUUUUGUGAAACCCAAAAAGGGAUUAUUAUUUGUGUAUGAGAGUUCAUCCUAGAUUUAUUAUAAAAAGCUUCUCUUUCUUUUUUUUAUUUAAUACAAUUUAGUUGCUAUCUAACUUAUUCAAUUCCUGUAUACCCUAUAUAUAAAAUGGAAAUACUUACAGACUAAAAUGAGGCUUAAUCGUUCACCAAAG